AACGCGCCUCGCGUGGCAGUGAUGUAUCCAUGAAGUCGUUACUACAAAGAUGGCGGAUUUCCUGCCCUCCCGGACAGCUUUAGUUUGUAUUCCCAAUUGUCUUCUCUCUAGUAGCGAAGCUGACCAAAUCAGAAAGUCUAAGGAGAUCGAUAAAAGCCUGAAUCGAGAGAAGACUUAUGUGAAGAAGCUGGUGAAGAUCUUGCUGCUAGGAGCAGGCGAAAGUGGCAAGUCAACUUUCCUCAAACAAAUGCGCAUAAUUCAUGGGCAGGACUUCGAUCAGCGGGCCAAAGAAGAGUUCCGGGCUACAAUCUACAGCAAUGUUAUCAAAGGUGUCCGAGUGCUGGUGGAUGCCCGUGAGAAGCUGCACAUCCCUUGGGGAGAUCCUGAGAAUCAGGUUCAUGGGGAGACAGUGAUGGCCUUUGACACCCGCUCAUCCAUGAUGGCCAAAGUGAUGGUGGAGACCAAAGUCUUUCUCAACUACCUGCCCUCCAUCCGUGCUCUGUGGCAAGACAGUGGUAUUCAGAAUGCCUACGACAGACGGAGAGAGUUUCAGCUGGGUGAAUCUGUGAAGUAUUUCCUGGACAAUGUGGAUAAACUCGGACAAUUGGACUACUUGCCCAGUCAAAAGGAUAUACUACUGGCACGAAAGCCCACCAAGGGUAUCCAUGAGUAUGACUUUGAGAUCAAGAAUGUUCCUUUCAAGAUGGUGGAUGUGGGAGGGCAGCGGUCAGAGCGCAAGCGGUGGUUCGAGUGCUUCGACUCUGUGACCUCCAUCCUCUUCCUAGUCUCAUCCAGUGAAUACGAUCAGGUGCUCAUGGAAGACCGUCAGACCAACAGGCUCACAGAGUCACUCAGUAUCUUCGAGACUAUCGUCAACAACCGCGUCUUCGCCAAUGUCUCCAUCAUUCUCUUCCUCAAUAAGACAGACUUGCUUGAAGAAAAAGUUACGAAUGUAAACAUCAAGGACUACUUCCCCGAGUUCACAGGGGAACCCCAUAAUCUGCUAGACGUGCAGAAGUUCCUGGUCGAUUGCUUUCAUAACAAGCGUCGUGAACCGCAGCAGAAGCCCCUUUACCAUCACUUCACCACUGCCAUUAACACAGAGAACAUUCGACUCGUCUUUCGUGAUGUCAAAGACACCAUCUUGCACGACAACCUUAAACAGCUUAUGUUACAAUGAAAGGCACCGAUUGGCCUUUAAGAACAUUCCAUUUUAAUUAGGUUUUUACUUUAUUUAAUACAAAGUACAAGUGGUUCAAUACAUAUUGUGGUUGAAGAAGAAUAGAUAGGAUAAUUAUGAAACUUUAAUUUUCUUUUGCAUAUUAUAACAGUCAUAUAUAUAUACAGAUUUGAUAUAAAAGCAACCUCUUUAAGCUGCUUAUAGCCGUAUCAAAUAUGCUAAGUAAUGGUCCUCAGUUAUUCACCAAAGUGCUGUAAUUCUGAUCGUUUACUGUAUACUUCUGAGCCCAUAUUUUUGAUUAAUGGAACUGUUAACACUCCUGUAACCCAUGGGCUUAACACCUGGUUUUGAAAAAGUUUUUAAAGAAAGUGUGAGAACUCAGGGCUUUAAAUCUUUAAUUCAAAUAGCUCUUCUGAUCUUGUCAGCAGUUGUUUAUGGGCUUGAUGAGUCUAACUUACUCGGAUCAUGACAUUAAAUUAGUACAAUUAAGGUACUUUUGUAUUGAAGUACUUAAUAAUUAUUAUUUUUUUUUUAUGUAAAGGGAAAGUGUCUGUUUGUCAUUCAAGCCUGUACAGAAUGCAUCUCUGUACAUACAAUUUAUUUUGCUCUGACAUCCCCCCCCCCCCCCAAGCUGUAUAUUUUAUACACUAACGUAAUACCAUACAUUUAUUGUAUGUAUUCUAGAAGCCUUGAAAUUCAAUAGGUUUGUUUUGUUGUUGUUGAUUAAUUCACUUUAAAAACAGAAGGUGGCCUUAUGUUCUUUGCUCCUGUGUAGGUUAAAGUGGACAGCUUUAGCUCAGGGUUUUAUAAAAUGACUGUUAAAUCAGUCCUUUUUCUUUUUUUAAACAGGCCAAGCAAAGUCACCUUUGCCUUAAAUGUCUGUAGAUCAAUCAAAACUGGUUUGAUGCAAGACAAAUUGAAAUGUGUUGAUAGAGAGACUAAGUCUUAAUGUAAUCUUAAUGAAAACAAGCACUGUAAUCUGACUGUUGGUAGUAAAUUGAUAUUAACUGAUUGACUGAAUUAAGGUGUUUAUAGAAUCUGUAAAAUAAUUUGUUAAUGCAAUGCUGGCUAUCUUUGUCAUGGCCUCAAUCACUUGCUUUUUGUAGUGUUUUUUCUUUGGAUCACAUUUGUGUAAUUGUUUAUUAAAUCUGGUUAUUUUGUCAAAAAGGUUGUGUAUUUAUUUUUACUGCUUUCUUAUUUCAGUAAAGAAAAAUGAGGCUAUAAUGACUGAGCGUCCCACUAAAACAAUCUACCACUUUUGAAUACAUAUAGAUACAGAUGUAUUUAAGAUGACUUUUUAGGUAUAGUCUGUAACACAUUUAUGUGCUAUUUUGUUAUUGCAUUAUGUAUGAAAUAUUGCAAAUUAUAAACUAAAUUAAUUACUCA